AUUCCGGGGUAGUAGAGGUUAUAUUCGCCUUCUACUGUAGUACUGUCGUGUUAUUUAUAGCGUUCUGUCAUUUGUAACGCCGUGUUAUUUGUAACGUAACCCGACCUAUCCCCCAUCAAUCAGAUCUACAAUAACCCUCCUCGGCCAUGGCUUCCACCAACCUCCUCCUCACCCGCGCCACCCUUCUCUACAUCUCCUUCGUCCUCAUGGUAGCCGUUCACUUCGACCUCUUCAAACGCGGCCCCAUCCCCAUCCUCACCCCGCUCUCCCACCACCUCGCCACCCUGCUCUCCCCGUUUACGACCUGCGUCGGCCCGCUCUGCCUCCUCGCCGCCAUCCGCUACUCCACGCACGCGAAGUGGCGCCACCACCGGAGGUCGCGGCAGCUGGUGUUCCUCGUCGUCGUGUUGUACUCGGUCCUGGCGCUGCUGGCGUACGCCGCUCUCCGGAGGACGAGGAGCGGGGUGCGGAAGGCCUUGUCCCACGGCGAGUGGUGGUGGAAGGUGCCGGUGGAGGCGGCAUUGCUAGUGCUUGUGGUUGUAGGGGAGAGGAACAGGGCGGUGUGGGAUGGGGGUUAUAUUAAUAGGGUAUUAGAUGGGAAGUAUGAGAAGAUGAGUGCUAUGGAGGAGGAGAAGAGGUUGGAGAGGGAGGCGAGGGAUUUGAAGAAGAGAGGAGGUAUGGCGUGAUAGGUUUAGAGGAGGAUCUUAGGAAGGGGAGGCGGUGAAGCUGUAGUUAAGCAUGCUAGAACUAAUCGAGUAGCUAGAGGAUCAAGUCAACAUCUUCGCGUUCGGGCUGCUAGCGAGUGCCUUUACUAUAGUGCUCCUGCUAAUUAACCACCUUAAGACAGAG